AUGGAGAAAUUAAUAUAUUUUCCAAUUAAUGUUUUGGAAAUGAUAUUUCAAGAAAUAAAUCAUCACAUGGCAUUGUCCUUGAUGCCAUUACAUUCUAAAUUUAAUGAGAUUGGUCAAAAAAAACUAUACAAAAAUAUCCAUCUUUACUGCAAAGAUGAAUUAAUGAAAAAUAACCGUCGUGAAGUAAACAAACCAAUGAAAGGUCGUGGUAAAAAGGUUUCUCACUGGCGUAAAACAAAUAAUGUAGUAUACAAACAAGGCUACGAGUGGAGAGCUCAUAAAGACAUUUUGAAUGACUUUACUAAAAAGUUUACCGUAAUUUCAUCAUGUACUUUUUCUCGUAAUAUCAUUAGAAAAAAAAUGAUCAGAAAUCAACAUAUUCAGCAUCUUAGUAUUGAAAAGGUUCACCCUGUAGAGUAUACUGGAUACAUGUUAUAUGGAGAUAGGAACGGGGUACCGGCAUUAUUGAAAGAAGUAUUUAGAUAUUUUAAAAAUAUAGAUUAUGUUAGUUUUGCUUCAUUAAACAACCAAUUCGAAAUGAAAAGUGAAAAUAGUUCAGUUGAGGUUUUAAAAAGUUUAGAAUUUUUAGUUCCAAAAUAUAUUCCUGGCUUUUAUGGACGUAUUUUGUUCUUAGAGAAAAAUGAUCAAGGGCCAUUUGAUUUUUUGUAUGAUAAUCUCAAAAGUUUAAAAUUUCUGUUUGAAGGCUCUACCAUAAGAAGGCACAAUGAUGAUUUAUCAGAAAAAAUCGAAUUGUUCAACAAGAUCAGUUCAUUCAAAAACCUUGAGGACUUACAUCUACAAUUUGAAGCAUUGAUUGAUUUAACGGAUUCACUGUUUGUUUCAAAAUUGAAUAAGAUAAAUUGCAAAUUGAAAAAACUUAAUUUGAUAUUUUGGGGUAAGCUUGGAGAAAAGAAAAAAUUUUGCAACGGUGAGCCAACCCCAAAAUGGUUAUUUACUUUGAAGGACUUCUUUGAUACAGAACAUAUAAAUUCGUUAUCAUUAUAUUACGAAAAUGAUGGGCCUGGCGAAAUCGGAUUCUUUUAUCAUAUAUUUGAGUUCAAGGAAAUAUUAGUCGACGCCAACUUAGCAAAUUUGAGAAAUUUAGCUUUAUUUUCACAUGAUUUAGAUUUGAGAGCGAUUAAGGUAAAAAAAUUACAUAAAUUAAUGAUUUGUACUGAUAUUGCUAAUGAUGAGGAUGCAACUGAAAUUGCUAAGCUUUACCUUAAAAACCCGACUUUAAGAUUAUCUUGGUGGCCCCGAUUUAUAGAGGUGUAUUUCUCAGAUAUCUUUUCAAAAAUUGAUAACUUACAAAUAUUCACACCUGACUAUUUCCAGAUUAUAUCUUGUCAAUGGCCAUCAUACUUUUUCAAAAAUGAUAUUAUUUCCAUUGAGAAAGGAAGGUCAAAUUCUCAUGAACAAAAUAAAAAAAAUUCAAAAAAAUUAGAUAUAGUUUUAAAAACCGACUAUUCAAUUGAAGAACUUUAUGGCAUGGAUCUAUUCGAUACAACGAAAAUUGACGAAGACCUUCCAGAAGUUUUCUAUAACAAGGUGAAAUACUGGGACUGGUAA